UAUCUUUUUGGUGCUUUCUUUUAAGGAUGCUACAUUUUCAUGACUUUCGAUUUUUAACUAGAAAACAGAAUUAUUUGGUCUUAUAAGCAAAAUUAAUCGUUUCUCCCUGGCUUGGUUUACAUCAAGGAAUAUUAUUGAACUCGUCUGCUUUAACAACGUACUUAUGCUGCUAUAGAGGAUGAAUUUGGAGUUGUUAGAAUCCUUUGGACAGAAUUUCCCUGAGGAUUUUGAUGGAGCCCUGGACUGUGUGAGCAUCGCAGUAACAUGCUCCUUUAACCGACAAGGGACACUUCUGGCUGUGGGUUGUAAUGAUGGAAGGAUUGUCUUGUGGGAUUUCCUGACACGUGGCAUUACCAAGGUGAUUGGUGCACAUGUUCACCCUGUCUGCUCUCUCAGCUGGAACAGAAAUGGACAUAAAUUGCUAAGUGCGGCUACAGAUAACACUGUAUCAGUGUGGGACGUGGUGUCAGGGGACUGUGAUCGUACAUUCAGAUUUCCCUCCCCCAUCCUCAAAGUCCAGUUCAACCCACGUGACAGUGCGAAGUUUUUGGUGUGUCCAAUGAAACAUGCAGCUGUGCUGAUGAACCUCAAUAGUACACACAAAGUUAUUCCCCUUGAUGAUGAGUCUGACCUGAAUAUAGUGGCAUCAUUUGAUAGAAGAGGAGAUUACAUAUAUACAGGAAAUGCCAAAGGACGGGUGUUGGUUUUCAAGGAGACAUCAAUGGAGCUGGUGGCAUCAUUCCGUGUUACAACAGGCACGCUAAAUGCCACGUCCAUAAAAUCUAUAGAAUUUGCUAGGAGAGGCAAUUGCUUUUUAGUAAACUCUGCUGACAGAAUUAUCCGUGUGUAUGAGAGUGGGGAGGUGUUAGCAUGUGGACGUGAUGGAGAACCAGAGCCUAUACAGAAACUACAGGAUCUUGUUAACAAGACUUUGUGGAAGAAAUGUUGUUUCUCUGGAGAUGGGGAAUUUAUUGUGGCUGGUUCUGCGAGACAGCACGCUCUGUACAUCUGGGAGAAGAGUGUUGGGAAUUUGGUGAAAAUUCUCCAUGGCACUAAAGGAGAACUGUUAUUAGAUGUUGUGUGGCAUCCUGUCAGACCAAUCAUAUGCUCUAUAUCCAGUGGCCUGGUUUCAAUAUGGGCACAGAAUCAAGUUGAAAACUGGAGUGCCUUUGCUCCAGACUUCAAAGAGCUGGACGAGAAUGUGGAGUAUGAAGAGAGAGAGUCAGAGUUUGAUAUCGAAGAUGAGGACAAGGAAAAAGAGGAGACCAAAGGUUUGGAUGAAGAGGACUUGGAAGUGGAUGUGACUUCAGUGGAACCUAUCCAAGCCUUUGUGAGCAGUGAUGAAGAGGGUGAAGAUGAACAGGCCCUCAUGUUCUUGCCUGUGUCUCCAGAGAUUGAUGAGCCAGAAGAGGGCUGGCCACAGAUGCCCACUGAAACACCUCAAGAAGAGAGUCAGGUCCACCAGGAGAGGAAGAGGAAGGAGACAACAGAUCAGCCUGUACCAAAGAAAAAGAAAGUUAAACCAGUAGAUGUGGAUCUACCUCAAGCUCCCAUAGAUGAAAUCCACCCGUUGUUGAAUGUGAAGAAGCCCCAGGAUAAAAGCCAGAGUAAGAGAAGUCGUCCGAAGCCCCACCGGUCAGGAAGACUGGACAAAACCAAGACGAGGGACAGAGGUGCUAAGGGGGACUAUGAUUUGAAGGAGAAUGCAUAAAAGAGUGCUGCCACCUGUAUAACGGGCUAAGGAAAACUCGCUUCCAGUAUCAAAGCCAAUUGGGAUCUGCAGACAUGUUGCGCCUAGCAUCAGAGAACAAUGACAGCUGAUGGAGGGACGUCUCAAUGGGCGCGAUGUCGGCCUUGUUCAGGAGAUCAGAAUCACCAGAACACUGUUUCUUCCAGUCUCUGAGAUGUGCUUCCAACUGCUUUCUGAUGAAUGUCUCAAUCAGUGUAUUUACAUUGUCUUGUGUUUAAACUGGAGUGGGGAGUGACAAGGUGUACUAUUUGUGACCGUCAAGCUAGUCUGAACAAUAUAAUUAGCAUUUGUACUACUGAUUCAUUAGCACAGCUGGAGCCUGUUGUGUAUCUGUCCACAGGGGUUUUACACCAUGUAAAACUGUUCCCUUCUUGAGGACUUGAGCUUUAAAUAGGGCUAAUGCUUGUGAUGUGCUUUGAACAUGUAUGGAAAAAAAAAACACUAUGCUUUGUUACCAGCCAAAUAAUUGGUUCCAGUAACUCUAUUACAAAAGCAGUGCAGUGCAAAUAUGUAUUACUGUACAUCAUCGCCUGUACGUAUAUAACUAACAUUUUUACCAGAUAACUAGUGCUACAUGUAUAUGUGCAAUAUUUACACAUUGCUACAUGUAUCCUCAUGACCUGGUUCUCUCACUUCUCGUGCAGCCUUGGUGACAAUGAGCAUUCAAAGAUGCAUUUGUGACCAUUUUGGCUGAGUAAUCUUCAUGGAAGACCACCUCUGUAUAUCUGUAGAUCACAUGUAGAUAUGUUGGACCCUCCAGUGUUCUGUGUCGUGUAUUUAUUUAUUUAUUUGAUUGGUGUUUUACAUCAUACUCAAGAAUAUUUCACUUACAAGAUGGCGGCCAGCAUUAUGGUGGGAGGAAACUGGGCAGACCCCAGGGGGAGGCCCACAACCAGCUGCAGGUUGUUGGCAGACCUUCCCAUGUACGGAUGGAGAGGAAGCCAGCCCAAGCCCACAGAGGUCUUGUAAGUUACAUAUAAAACCUCUUGAAUAUGGCGAUAAGCAACAGUCAGAUAACUGUUUUAUAGGUGCUUAGUAUGUGCACUUUUGUACUGAUGCAUGUAACUAUAUUACUGGAGGAAAAAAUGUUUGUGAAUCAGAUAUGUGUUACAUGAUCAGAGACAUUGCAUACUCUUCAAUUCUUAGCCAAGUGGUUAAAUGGCUUCCUGUUCAUUCCCUAUGUGUAAGCAUAGCUCACAGAAGAGUUGGGUUCAGUACUAUUCUCAGACAGGAAAAUUUCUAGCUACACCUGCAGUGCUUUCAUUCUUCUUGAGAUAUUGGGGGCAAUAAGUAGUCGAUGGUGGCCUGUGUGUUGUCUUGCAUCAAAUUCACUGGAGACCACUAGCUUUCCUCCAGUAUGAUGUGUCACAGGUGACACAGGCAAUAACUCACUAAAGAUCCGUUGUUUACUCCAGGCACUCUAGCCUCCUCCAUCCAGAAAACUAACUGCUAUCAUACAUGCAUAAGUGAAAAAUCCUGGAGCAUGAUGUUAACCCAGAAUCUAAAAAUAGAAAAUAUUAGUUUGUCAUAAUGACAUAAUGUUAGGAUCAAGAAACAUGUUUGAAAAAGUACAGGUAAAACAACCAUUUGUCCAAUUUCCAUGCUAUUUUAAGUGAUAGAUGUUAAUAUUUGUAUGUAAAAUUCACAUACACUAUUGUCCAUUUUUCGUUAUAUUUGUCUCACCUUCAUGCAAAUAAAGUCCAUGGAAAAGCUUACUGCUUCCUGACAUCACGAAACACUCCUGGCAUCAA